AACCUCCCUUGCCCGCUAGUAACAGCCAGGAUAAGCCGGCUGCUUCCCAACAUAUUAAUAUUCUCAUUUCCCAGAAGGUUAGCGCCUGCCAUCUUCCCUUUUACACUCACCGAAUACCGUUUCAGUAUUCCUGCGUUAGUUUUAGAAGAUCAUCACUUGAUCCAACUCCAAUAUGAAACCCCUUACCUACCUCUCCCUCCUCCUUGGCAUCUCUGCAACCGCCGUCCUCGCGGCUCUCCGCCCAGACGCAACCCCCGAAGAGGUCGCCGCGGCGAAAGCCGAGUGCGGGUCCCUGGGCGUGAUGAUGAUCGACCCAGCAGAGCUGCCUGAGGGCGUUACAAUGUCCGACGUCCGCAUGUGCGCCGACCACCCCCUCGGGCCCAGGGCGUACCCGGGUCUGGGUCCUGGGGCUUUUGCCAGGUUCCGUCGGUUCUUACCGAGUUGGGUGUUUUGAGAGAGGAUGGCCUGGGAGCUAGGCUAAGGUCCUAUAGGUAGUCUAGCAUGCAGGCUUCUUCUGCUCACGCGCAGGCUAUUUUCACAUACCUGGUCGGAUUGCCUGCGCUGUGUGGUGGGAGUAGCCGUUUAAGAAUUGAAAUACUUGGAAAUGUAUAGUUGCUGAAAUCGUUAAGGC